UAGUCUCAGUAGUCCCGCCCUAGACCGAGUGCGUCGCUCGGUGAUCGCGGGAGACGGGAAGUGCGCUAGCCACCGUGACAACACCUCCGACAUCCGUCCCGACAUGUUCCACUACAAGCCGCCGAUGAGGUCGUCAGUGCGCAUCACGCAGGACGACGUCAUGAAGCAGCCGUCAGGGGUGGACAACCCCGGCUUCCAGGAGACGCAGGAGGCGGUGGCCAACCUGUACAUGACGGAGCGCUACAUGCGCUGCCCGGACACCCCCACCAUCGGCGUGUUGCGGCGCCCGGCGCUCAUGCGCUACGGCAGCACGGACGACAUACUGGCCAAGAUGGAGGAGGACCGCAAGCUGACCAAGGACCGCAUCAGAGACGUGCCCGCGUGGUUCUGCCGCAAGGCGCGCGCGCUCUUCAGCAGGAAGACGCUCAACAAGCGGCUGCCGGUGCUGUCCUGGCUGCCGAGGUACAACGCCCAGGACGCCGUCGGAGACCUGGUGGCGGGGCUGACGGUCGGCCUCACCGUCAUACCGCAGUCGCUCGCCUACGCCAACAUCGCCAACCUCCCCGCGCAGUACGGGCUGUACAGCUCCUUCCUCGGGUGCUUCAUCUACAUCGUGCUGGGCAGCUGCAAGGACGUGCCUAUGGGCCCCACGGCCAUCAUGUCGCUGCUGACCUACCAGACGACCAAGGGCCGCGACCCGGCCUACGCCAUCUUGCUCUGCUUCCUCAUGGGCUGCGCGCAGGUCCUCAUGGCGUUGCUUGGACUAGGUUUCAUAAUAGACUUCAUCUCGGGGCCGGUGUCGUCCGGCUUCACGUCGGCCGCGGCGCUCAUCAUCUUCACGUCGCAGGUGAAGGACGUGCUGGGCAUCAAGGCGUCGGGCACCACCUUCGUGGACAUGUGGGUCAGCCUGGGCAGCAACCUGGGCGACACCAAGCUGUGGGACUCCGUCAUGGGCGCCGGCUGCAUCGUGGUGCUGCUGCUCAUGAGGAUGCUGACCUCGGUGAAGAUAGGCCCCAAAGAAGAGGAAAACCAGACUCGGUUUCACCGGGUCGUUAACAAAGCCUUAUGGUUGAUAGGCACAUCGCGAAACGCCAUAUUGGUGGUUAUCGGAGGAGUUAUCGGCUUUUUGACGACGCAAGACACCGGCUCUACUCUUACCAUUAUAGGGUACAUCCCUGCCGGACUGCCGUCCUUCCAGCCGCCGCCCUUCAGCCACGCGUCGGACAACUCGACGGCGAGCUUCCUGGACAUGGCGUCCUCGCUGGGCUCGGGACUGCUGGUGCUGCCCCUGGUGGGGCUGCUGGAGAACAUCGCCGUCUGCAAGGCUUUCUCGACGGGCAAGGCGGUGGACGCCACGCAGGAGCUGUUCGCCCUGGGCAUCAGCAACAUCGGCAACUCCUUCGUGCAGGGCUUCCCCGGCACGGGCGCGCUGUCCCGCUCCGCCGUGCAGAACUCCAGCGGGUCCCGGACCCCGCUGACCGGACUGUACACAGGAGCCGUGGUGAUCCUCGCCUUGCUGUUCUUCACGCCAUACUUCUCGUACAUACCCAAGGCCUGCCUCGCCGCCAUCAUCAUAGCAGCGGUGAUAUUCAUGGUGGAGGUGCACGUGGUCGUCCCCAUCUGGAAGACCAAGAAGAUGGACCUUCUGCCCGGCGUCGGCACGUUCAUCGCCUGUCUCGUGCUUCCCUUGGAGAUCGGCAUCGUGGUCGGCAUCGCCAUCAACAUCCUGUUCAUCCUGUACCACACGGCGCGGCCCAAGAUAAGCAUCGAAAUGUCAUACACGAACGGGGGCGUGGAGUACCUCCUCUUGACUCCUGACCGCUGCCUCAUCUUCCCGUCGGUGGACUACAUGCGCAACCUGGUGAUGAAGCAAAGCAUGAGGCAGAACCUGCCCGUCGUCAUCGACUGCUCGCACAUCUACAGCGCCGACUACACGGCCGCCAAGGUCACCGAGUGCCUGCUCUACGACUUCUCCAUCAGAAAGCAGGCGCUUUUCUUCUUCAACGUGAAGCCCAGCGUGCUGGCCGUGUUCAAGGGACUCCAGCCCCAGGGCUUCGUGGUCUUCUACGUGGAAGAAGAGCUGGAUGAUCUCAUUAAAGAGUACAACAAGUCCCUGGCGGAGACGGAGCAGGCCCAGGAGACGACCAUCGCCAUCAGCAGCAGCUGAGGCGGUUAGUUCCAGAGGCGCCGCUGGGCGUCCGUCGCAGCACUAGUCAUCGCGGUCGCCUCGGGGUUGGCGGGUCCUCGGGGUCGGCGGGCGGGGGGAGGGAGGCGACCCCCCUCCCCCCCAACUUCCCCCCCGCGGGCCCAGGGGAGCGCCACGUCGUCGCGGAACUGAAGCGCCUCCUUCGGCGACUGCCGUCCACGGAAAGAGGGCCGCCGUGUUAUUUAUGUCUCGCGCGAAAAUCUUCGCGCCGUCCGUCGGUGAUACGUUACCACUGCGCUCAGAGCCGUCGAGAGUAACCAAAGGAUUUCCAGGGGAAAAAAAAUUCAAUUAAAUUAAUUAAGAGGCCACUCCAGUGUUUCAGGGGCACUACGCAACCCGCGUUAACCUUAUAAGAUUCAAUGCUAUUUUCAUUUUGCUUAUAACUAAUUAACUAAUGUAGAUUUCGAAAUGAUGCUUGCUUGAUAUGUAAGGCAACGAUGCUCUCAUCAAAGCCCCUUUCUUCAAAAACGUGCAUAAAUUAUGGUUUUAUACUAAUCUUUACUAAUAUCCAUAAGUGUAUUGUCUAGGUUUGAACCAUAAUUUAUGUUUCUAUGAGUCUACAAGGAUCUAGCAGGUUACGAUUUAUACAUGGCUGCGAGACCGCAUGGCUAAAAGGCUGCGUGGCUACGAAACUACAUGGCUAUGUAGCUACAUGGAUACAAGUCUACUCGGCUCAAAAUGACUGCAAGGCUACUUAGCUACAAAACCACUUGGCUACAAAUCUUCAAUUCUACGAGUCUACAAGACUCCUCCAACUGCCUACGAGUCUACAAAGCUCAAUCUACUCCAGCAGCAUUAUGUUAUAAGAUUACAAGACUACUUGUUUACGUAGCUACAAGUCUACGAGGCUCCCAGACAUCAUUACUAGGACCCAGGGAUUUACCCCCCACCCCCACCCCCCUUUUUUCUCUUUUUUUUCCAACUCUACCCUCUCGACGGCUCUAGGCAUGGAACAUAUAUUGUUCAUUGUAUGUUACUACAUGUUGUACAUAAAAUAACUGAGGGUUAAUUUAAUUAUUUCUUGUGAAAAAAAAGAUACAUUAAAUUAUGAAUGUUAAGAAA